AUGUCGGAUCCCGUUUUCUUCAUUACUGGGGCUAGCUCCGGCUUUGGCGAAUCCAUCGCCGUGGAGGCGACGAAACGCAACUACAAAGUGAUUGCAACGGCCCGUCAGUCCAUGAAGAUUCGGCACCUCAAAGAUGCUGGCGCGGAAGUCAUGGACUUGGACGUUACAGCUGACGAAGCCACUCUCGCCGCAAAGCUGAAGGAAGCCAACUCGAUCUAUGGCAAGAUCACACACGUCAUCAACGCUGCUGGUUAUGUGUUGGAAGGAGCGCUCGAAGAGUCUAGUAACCAAGAAAUUUUGGACACUUUCAACACCAAUGUUUUUGGUGCCGUCAACAUCACUCGAGCAGCCCUGCCGUAUUUGCGAGCCCAGCAAUCCUCGGUUCUCGCCCACUUUGGCAGCCUGGCCAGCUGGACGGGCAUGCCGGGCAUCGCGAGCUACAACGCCACCAAAUGGGCCGUCUCGGGACUGACUGAGUCCCUGGUGCCGGAACUUGCACCAUUUGGCAUCCGCGCCUGCGUGAUUGAGCCGGGUUACUUCCGUACCGCUCUCCUCAACUCGGGCGCUCACCGCAUACAGUCAGCACGGCACAUUACGGCGUACGACAAUACCGCUGCUCGCAAUUUUCACGGGGUGCUAGACCAGGCGGACAACAAACAGCUCGGAAAUGUAGCAUCUGCUGCUCGAGUUAUCAUUGAUGUGUUUACUGGCACGGGAGUAGGCGCAGGGAGGGAAAUCCCUGUGCGUCUGGUAUUGGGAUCCGACAUUUUGGCGGGUAUCAAGGAGAAAAUGGCCAACACGGAGAAACUUCUUAAUAAAUGGGAGCCUGUAAUUGUCACAACGGACCACAAGGACUGA